AUGCAAGAUUAUCGGAAUGAUAAGAUGUUACCUAAUUUAAUUAUUGAAAUUAAAACAGAAAAUAUUUGGAAACAAAUUUUAAGUCGAACAAAAACUCCAAUGGAAGCAUUAGAUAACGAAGAUAUUUGUAUUAAAAAUCAACAAGGUAAAGAUUAUCCUGAAGGAAUUCUUGAAUUUAUUCCAUUUUUACUCCUAAUUGAUCAUACAAAUAGUAUAAUAUCUACUUCAUAG